AUAAGGGUCAAGGAUUUGUUGCGACAUGGAUCCUGCCAUGCUCGAGGGGCUGCUAACAGCUAUACGCGAUGCAGUAUCCUCCAAGUCUAGGCAGGAUGAUAUCGCUCUACCGCUGUAUGAUCCCGAGAAGAGUGACAACGGUGUCGAAUUUUGGUGCCGUAAUAUAGAAAAGCUAGGCCAGGAGUUCCAGUGGAGCACCAUCCAGCAAGCAGCUAAAGCCGGAAAGGCCCUUCGGGGAUCUGCUUUGUCCUGGUUUGAAACCUGGGAGCCUGAAUCGGGACGUACAUGGGAAAACUUGAAGAAAGAUCUUGUAGACCUUUAUCCCGAAAGAAAAAAUUAUCAGAUAAAUUAACCAAGGCUGCGCUGUAUUCAUCUGACUCUGCAGAUAGUUAUUGUGAAUACGCUAGGGAAAAGCUUAGACUGUUGCGAUGUACUAAGAUUUCUUUCACGGAACCACAACUUAUAGAGCUUAUUAGUGGAGGUGUUCGAGAUGCUAACGUUCGAAUUACUUGUCUCAAUAGCUCUGUAACAACCACGUCUGAACUUAUUACACUAUUUUCCUCUUAUGUCAAACAAACUAGGAAAAGAUCAUCCGAUUUCCAUAAUAAUUUUGGCAGACCUUCGUUGUCUGGUGAAGCUAGUAUGCCAGGACCGAGUAAUCAAAAGCGCUUUAAAAUUGAUUCAAAUCAGCAAACUGUUAGUAGAGAUAAAAAACGGUGUUAUAAUUGUGGGGAGGUGGGACAUGUCAAGGCUCAAUGUUCGGUAAACGAUUCUUCUGAUAAAACUGUUAAAAUUGACAACGUAAACAAGUCUGAACAUGUUUGUACUUUUUGUAAGAAAACUGGUCACCUUGCUGAAAAAUGCUUCUUUAAACCGCGUGUUCACAUUUCAACAAGUGAUUCUAAUAAAAUGUGACUAAAACCUACUGAAGUAUUUAUUCACGAUCAUAAAGUAAAUUGUAUAUUAGAUAGUGGUGCAAAUUGCAGCCUCAUAAGGGAAUCCGUAGCAAGGCGGCUUGAAUGUCACAUUUCUCCAUGUUCUCUAUAUAUUGAUGGAAUAGGUAAGGGGAGACUACACGUAUUUUCAAAAAUAAUAGUCCCUUUAAGGUUUGAUGACGUAUGUCUUGAACUAGAAUUGUAUGUAGUUAGAGACUCGGAUUUCAAAUACGAUUGUUUAAUUGGGACUAACAUAAUAAAACACCCUGAUAUAGCAAUUGUAUCCGAUGUAAACGGUAGUAAGAUAAUCCGAUUAAAACCCUCCAUAGUUAGUGAGCCUGUUGUUAAUUUGGCUGUUGAAAAAGAACACGAAUGGUCUGAUUUAAUUGAGUCGGUAAAACAUUUAGAGUCAGAUUUGCAAAAUCAAAUUAGAUCAAUAUUUGUAAAAUACCCUAUGAUUUUGCCACGACCGGAUAGGCUCCGUACAGUCCAAACUGGAGAGUUAAGAAUCAGGUUGAAAGAAGAUAAAAUUAGUAACUAUAGACCUUAUCGCUUAGCCCCUAUUGAAAGAGAAAAAGUAAAGGUAAUCAUUAAGGACUUAAUAGAAAGUGGUAUUGUUCGUGAGAGUGAUUCUGACUUUGCCAGUCCGGUUCUUUUGGUUAAAAAACAAGAUGGUAGCGACCGAUUAUGUGUUGACUUUAGAGCGUUGAACAAAAUCGUCGAAAAAGAACGAUACCCUCUUCCACUUAUACAAGACCAACUGGAUCAGUUAGGAAAUUCUAAAUAUUUCAUAUCUAUCGAUAUGAAGAAUACCUUUUACCAGAUACCUAUUUCACAGGAAUCCUCCAAGUAUACUGCUUUUAUUACCCCUGACGGUCAUUACUAAUUCCUGAGAAUGCCUUUUGGGAUUUGUAAUGGUCCAUCCGUUUUCCAAAGGGCAAUAAGUAAGGCAGUUCAACAUCUAAAAUUUUUGUUAGUUUAUAUAGAUGACCUAUUGAUCCCCUUUUCUUCCAUUCCCGAAGGACUAUCAUAUCUGGAACAAACGCUCGAAGCUCUCAGUGCCGCCGGGUUUACAAUAAAUAUAAAAAAAUGCAGGUUUUUUGAGACAAGUAUCGAAUAUUUGGGUAAUAUUAUUUCCGAGCAUGGCAUUAGACCAAGUGACAAAAAAAAUUCCGCACUAAUUAACUCACCAAUACCUUGCACAGUCAAGCAGGUUAGACAGUUUAUGGGACUGGCCAGCUAUUUUAGAAAAUUUAUUCCAGAUUUCGCUACUUGUACUGCCGCCAUUACUAAAUUAACUAAGUUUGAUCAAAAUGGGAAUGGGAUCCAGAACAAGAAAAGGCUCGUAACUAUAUAAUAAAACAUCUCGUUUCAAAACCUUUGUUAGCAGUAUUUGACCCAAAACUACCAACGGAGCUUCAUACUGACGCCAGUGCUCUUGGCUAUGGUGCAAUAUUGCUUCAAAAAAACAAUAAUAUCACUAGAGUGGUAGGAUAUUUUAGUAAGAGAACUUCGCCACCGGAGACUAGAUAUCAUUCCUACGAAUUAGAGACCCUUUCUAUAUACAAUGCUUUAAAACAUUUUCGUGUCUAUUUACUUGGAGUUGAUUUCAAAAUAUUAACUGACUGUAAUGCCAUAAAAUCUACCUUCCAUAAAAAGGGUUUAUCACCACGAGUUGCUCGCUGGUGGACUUAUAUGCAAGAUUUUUCAUUCGAAAUCGUGUAUAGAAAAGGCAAGUUUAUAAGUCACGUUGACUACCUUAGUCGAAACCCCGAAAUGAUACCUCAAUUAGUACCAACAAAGGUUUUGCCUCCUGAACUAGCAGGGGAGGUAAAUUUAAUAGACCCACCGCAAUCAUGGUUGCAUAUAGCCCAAGAAAGAGAUCCUGAAACCCAAUCCCUACUAGAAAAGGUGCGUUCUGGGGAGCUCGACGUUAAUCAAUAUGUUAUACGAAACAACUUAUUAUAUUACAAAGUUGACUUCAACGCUAUGCCCAAAUUGUAUAUACCAAAAGGCAGUAGGCUGAGUAUUCUUCGUCUUUUCCAUGACGAAAAUUGUCACAUAGGUUUUGAUAAGCUUUUUAAAAAGAUAUUUGAAUAUUUCUGGUUUCCCAGUAUGAGUCGAUUUAUAAAAAAGUAUCUGUCACAUUGUCUAGUUUGUAUAAAACAAAAAUCACACCACGGGCCAAAGCAAGGAUUACUACAUCCGAUAGAAAAAACUCCUAUUCCAUUCCAUACAGUACAUUUGGACUGUACAGGUCCGUUUAGUCAAUCUUCCGAUGGGUAUAAGCACAUCCUCUUAAUCAUCGAUGAUUUUACAAAGUUUUGCAUAUUAAAACCUUUAAAAACUUUAACAGGGAAUGAGUUAGUUAAUAGCAUUCGCGAUUCUAUGACAUUGUUCGGUAUACCCUCCCUAGCAAUUACCGAUCGUGGAACUAAUUUUUCCUCACAACAGUUGCAAAAUUUGUUUCGUGAAUGGCAUACUAGACAUCACAUGAUAGCUACUGGCACACCUAGAGGAAAUGGGCAAGUCGAACGUUACGUCAAUACUGUGAUUAAUUUGUUAAGUACUACAUGUUCUGACACGUCAGAUUGGCCGAGCAAUCUUUGGAAGGUUCGACUAACGUUGAAUACAACUGUCCAGAAAUCUACUGGGUUUGAACCUCUCCGUUUAUUGACCGGUCGAACUGCAAACUUACCUUGUAUACAGGCUCGUUUGAACGAAGUUGUAGAGCAAGAUACCAUAGAUGUGAGUAAUGAUAGACAAGUUGCACAGCAGAAUCUACAAAAUUCUGCUGAGCAAUUCAAGAAACGAUUUGAUUACACAAGGCGAAAUAAUUUAAAUUUUAGCGUAGGAGACACAGUUUAUGUAAAUCAGGACCAUAGAAGAUAUGACAAAUUGAAAGUGAAAUUUAAGGGGCCUUAUUUAAUAAUGGGUACUUUAGAAAAUGAUCGUUUUUCCUUAAGAGGUCUUGGAAAUAUGCGAAAUGUAAUUAUUGCGAAGGAAAAAUUAAGAAAAUGGCCAGGAGAAUGGGUUGAUCAAAACGUUUCUGUUGAAAAUUAC